AUGGUAGUAUUACUGCUUUAUGUGGAUGACAUGCUGGUCGCAAGUAAUGACUUAGAGAAAUUAGAGGAAAUUAAAGGCAAAUUAGAUGAAACAUUUGAGACUAAGGAUCUUGGAGAACCAAAGAGCUUCUUAAGAAUCACAAUAGAGAGAAAUAAAGAAGACAAAUAUAUGAAUAUCCAUCAAGCACGAUAUACAGAAAGUGUGCUGAAAAAGUUCCAUAUGGAGGAAUGUAAACCGCAAAGUACUCCUAUGGUCACUAGACAAGUAAGCAAUAAAAAUAAAAAGAGCAGAUUAGAAGAAUCGAACAAUGAAGAUGUGAUCCAAAAAGAAGAAAUCAAAAGAGUGCCUUAUAGAGAAGCUAUUGAAAGUUUGAUGUAUUUAGAAAACGCUACAAGACCUGACAUAGCAUUUGCAGUAAAUUACCUGGCAAAAAAACAAUUAAAGCCUACAGAAGAAGAUUGGCAAGAUGUGAAAAGAGUAUUUAGAUAUCUGAAAGAAACGGUAAAUAGAGGACUGAUAUUUAGAGGAAGAACAAACGAGCUAGAAGCAUUGACAGAUGCAAGUUUCAGGGAUUGUACUGAUUCUACAUCUACUGGAGGAUAUAUUAUCAAGCUAUUUGAAGAUGUGAUAGCAUGGAGAAGUCAUAAACAGACUUAUGUCACACUCUCUACAUGUCAAGCGGAAUACUUAGCAAUGAGUGAGGCAUGUCAAGAAGUGAUUUCACUGGACAAGUCACUCAGACAUGUUGUUGGAGAAAUAUUCUUUCCGUCAGUAAUAUGGUGUGAUAAUAGAGCUGCAGGAAACUGCAUUAAGAAAGAUGGAAGUCACAAACUUAAGAUGUUUGAUGAUGAACUAGAGAAAGUAAAGAGAAACUUAAAAGAAAGAGAAGAUACUGGAAACCGAAAGCACAUGGCAGAUACUCAUGGAGAUUUUGUAAAACAAUGUGCAAAUCAAGGGAAAGUAGAAGUUAGAUGGAUAGAAACUAGAGAAAACUUAGAUGAUAUCAUGACUAAACCGUUACCGUUGGAAGCAUUCGCAUACCCUACUGAAAAAAAUCACGUCACGAAAUCACGUCAUGAAAUUACAUCACGAAAUCACGUAACGAAAUUACGUAAUCAAUGA